AAACACAUCGCGGGCCGUAUAUUACGAAAACCUCUGGUGGAAUAUAUUUUCCGAGUAAAAUUGUCGAAUAACUCUUAAUAAUGGACGAUGGCCACACCGAAUCUAGCGAGUUACGGGAGACGAAGAAGGAAUACGAAGAUUUUACUGAUCUUAUCGGGGGAUUUGAAAAAUGGCAGAAAAUACUAGUUUCAAUUUUGGCCACUUUCUCUUUUACAUCAGCAAUGAACAACAUGAAUUGGCCUUUCUUGGCCCCUAGGAUCGAUUAUUGGUGCGCGAGACCUUCUAAAUACCUCAACUUGUCGGUGGACGAAUGGAAGAAUAUCAGCGCUCCCAUAGAAAUAAGAAAAAGUAGAGCCGUGCAUAGUCAAUGUCAAAUUUAUGAUCUUGACGCGGAAAAUGGGAAUUUGUCUACGAAUUCGUGUACUUCGUGGGAAUACGAUCAUUCGGUGUUUAAAUCAAGCAUCGUCGAAAAGUGGAAUUUAGUUUGCGACAAUUACUGGAUGACUUCCUUUGCUGGAUCUUCUUACUUCAUGGGGAUAUUUGUAGCCGCUCUUAUCUUUGGUCAGCUUUCUGACAGACACGGAAGAAGACCAGUAAUCAUCAUUGGCAUUAUCAUUCAUAUGAUAUUUGGAUUGCUGUGCACGUUCUCUCCAUUCUACUGGAUGUUCACUGUAUGUCGAUUCUGCAUAGCGCUGGGGAAGACUGCUUAUAUUCAGAGUUACGUUGUUUAUGUUAAAGGCAAUUUGUAUUCAGUUUUAGAAGUAGUUGGACAGAAUCAACGAGAAAAAGUUUUAGUUAUUAAUAGUUUGUUUUAUACUACUGGAGUACUGACACUUGUAGGAAUAUCUUGGUUACUGAAGGAUUGGUUUUACAUUCAAUUAUAUUGCUCAGUUUCGCCCUUUAUACUGCUACUGCUUACUAGAUUUAUUCCAGAGUCACCUAGGUGGUUGCUAACUCAUGGCAAAUUAGACGAAGCGGAGAAAGUCAUAAAAGAAAUAAUGAAGAAAAAUAAAAUGCGAGCGACUGGUUUAACCGAAAUUAUUGCGGGACUGCAUUCCAAAAUUAAAAUGGCAAGUCUUUUUUCGGGUUGA